AUGUUUCUUCUCUUCCUCAUUGCUGUUGCGGCAGCUUUGCAAACCAGUGAUCAAUCGUUGCCAAACGUUUUGGAUAGAAGGACGGAACCUAAAAAGUGCCCUUGCGCUUUUGCAGGAUCAAUUUUUGAUCCAUUUGUAAAGGAUGCCUCGAAAGGCCCCGCAAGGGGUUUUGUUUCUUAUGCCCAAGAUGAGCUUGGGUGCACCAUCAUCUCUGGACAGUUCAGCAAAGGCUUCGAGGAUAAGAAUGGCACUUUUCGAAUAGUCGAUAAAUGUGAUAACCUCCUUUUUGAUAUCUCAAAAGAAUUGGAUGUGAAAUUCUCCGAGGAUGGUGGCACCAAAGCUUUCAGUUAUAAGUUUGAUAAUAUCAACCUUAACUGUGAUUCCAAUGGUCUUCUUGUGGUCGAAUGUAAAAUUAAAUCAUACUACAAACGUCAAAGUGCAAGUGGUGCCUCUAUGCAGGCUGGUAGUGGUUCUAGCGCCAAUAUUGAUAGUUUGCCUUAA